CCCUCCUGUGUGGUGGCUUUCCGACCAAAAGCUCCUCAGACGUGAACAGUUUCGCUGAGGAGCACUUUACUCCCCCUCAGCCCUUCCCCCCCGCUGCUUCCCCCCCUCCUUGGAAAAACAUCCAGGCGGACAGCAGAGGCGUCACUUUCUGCAUAGCGACCUGAGUGAGAGGAGUUGAGGUGUCGGAUAAUCAGGUCUCCAGUCGUCCUUCACCCGGAUCUCUGUCAGCGAUGGAGACUCGGGUUGGCACCCGCCCAGGCUCUCGCGUCUCUCUGGGUCUCUGGCUGCUGAUCACCGCUCAUGCUCUCCAACACGCCAGGGCGGAGAUAAGUUGCGGAUCUUGCCCGUCGCCUGUUCAACUUCACCGGGAGGAGCUGCAGCUGGCGCCGGGGUUGCGCUCCGACCCCGCGGAGGAGGCGGUUGCGGUCAGGGAAGCCCGGGUUACCGGUCGGGAAUCUGGGAUGCUUGCUACUUCUGGCCCUAAUUUUAGUUUGGAUGAAGUUAAACCAGCCGGUUCUGAGUCUGGGGUGGCUGAGGAUGCUGCGCCCUGGAGAGCCAAGAGGAGCGCUCCAGACUUCAUCGAGUUCAGCGACAGCGACUGGACCGGCCGGACCGCGCAGCUGGAUAGCCACAAAGCGGGCCGGUCGGAAUUCGGGUGGAACAGGCAGGAUGAGAGAGGGAAUACCCGGCAGGAUGAGCCCAGGCUCAACAGCAGCACCUUCGCUCUCACUGGGGACUCUGCGCACAACCACGCCGUGGUCUACUGGACCGGACAAAACAGCAGCGUCAUCCUUAUUCUUACCAAACUCUAUGACUUUCACAUCGGCAGCGUCACGGAGAGCACUCUCUGGAGAUCCACAGAUUACGGAUCAACAUACGAGAGAAUGAACGACAAAAUCGGGUCCAAGGCCGUCCUCAGUUACCUUUACGUUUGCCCAACCAAUAAAAGGAAGAUUAUGGUUCUGACUGAUCCGGAGUUUGAGAGCAGCGUGCUCAUCAGCACUGAUGAGGGAGCCAGUUUCCAGAAGUACCGCCUCUCCUUCUUCGUCCUGAGCCUUUUAUUCCACCCCACAGAGGAGGACUGGGCCUUGGCCUACAGCCACGACCAGAAGUUGUACAGCUCAGUCGACUUUGGAAGGAAGUGGAUGCUCAUCCACGAACACGUCACCCCGAACAGAUUCUACUGGUCUGUUUCUGGACUGGACAAAGAACCAGACCUGGUUCACAUGGAGGCUCACACUCCGGAUGGAAAUGUGCAGUAUGUCACAUGCAGAGCUCAGAUGUGCUCUGAAGCCAACCGGAAUUAUCCAUUCCCGGGAUACAUCGACAUCAGCUCUCUGGUGGUUCAAGAUGACUACAUUUUCAUACAGGUUCCCACCUCCGGACGAGCGACUUACUACGUCUCCUACAAGAGAGAAGCUUUCAUACAAAUCAAACUGCCAAAAUACUCCCUGCCUAAGGAUUUACACAUCGUCAGCACUGAUGGGAAGCAGGUCUUUGCAGCAGUGCAGGAGUGGAACCAAAACGACACCUACAAUCUCUACCUGUCUGACACCCGAGGGAUCUUCUUCACCUUGGCCAUGGAAAAUGUCAAGACAACCAGGGGCAUCGCUGGGAACCAGAUGUUGGACCUCUAUGAGGUGGCUGGAAUCAAAGGAAUGCUAAUCGCAAACAAGAAGCAGGACAACCAGGUGAAGACCUACAUCACCUACAACAAGGGCCGAGACUGGAGGCUCCUUCAGGCGCCGACUGCAGACCUGGAGGGAAACAACAUCCACUGCAUUCUGCCAUCUUGUUCCCUUCAUCUCCAACUGCAACUGUCAGAGAACCCUUACGUGUCGGGAACGAUCUCCACCAAGAGCUCUGCUCCGGGGAUCAUCGUUGCCACAGGAAAUAUUGGAGCAGAGCUGUCUUAUAACAACGUUGGCAUGUUCGUUUCAUCGGAUGCAGGCAACAACUGGAGACCGAUUUUUGAAGAAGAGCAUAAUAUCUGGUUUCUGGAUAAAGGAGGCGCCCUCGUUGCGGUGAAGCAGCCGUCUGUGCCAACCAAACAUCUCUGGGUCAGCUUUGAUGAAGGGAGGCAGUGGACCCAGCACAGCUUCUCCUCGGCGCUGCUGUUUGUGGACGGCGUGUUGGUGGAGGCCGGAGCGGAGAACCAGAUCAUGACCUUCUUUGGACAUUUCAGCCACCGCUCUGAGUGGCAGCUCAUCAAGAUAGACUACAAAUCCAUCUUCAGCAGGAAGUGCACCGAGGAAGACUACCAAACCUGGCACCUGCACAACAAGGGCGAGCCGUGUGUAAUGGGUCAGAAGCAGAUUUACAUGAAACGCCGGCCUGGAAACUACUGCAUGCUGGGAAGGGACUACUCCAGAAUCCUCUCAGCUGAAUCCUGUAUUUGCCGAGCUCAUGAUUUUGAAUGUGAUUAUGGAUAUGAGCGGCGAAACGACGGGAACUGCCGGCCGGCCUUCUGGUUCAAUCCGUCCUCUGUGUCCAGAAGCUGCAGCCAGGGUCAGAACUACUUCAACAGUACAGGGUACCGUAAAGUGGUGCUGAACAACUGCACCAAGGGCGUUAAGGAGAUGUACACGGCCAGGAAGCAGCAGUGCCCCAACAGGCCCCCGAAAGGACUCAGCCUGGCCACCAAAGACGGGAAAGUCACCGCCAACAUGGGCAGCAACGUCACCUUUGUGGUGCACCUGGACGAGGGAGACUCUUUGAGGACGAACAUCCAGCUGGACUUUGGCGAUGGCACAGCGGUCUCCUACUCCAACCUGAGCUGGACGGAGGAGGGCAUCAAACACGUCUACAAGUCAGCGGGAAUAUUCCGAGUCACGGCGCUGGCAGAGAACACGCUGGGCUCCGACACCACGACGUUGUACCUGCAUGUCACAUGUCCGGUGGAGCACGUCCAGCUCCUUGCUCCCUUCGUGGUGAUCAGAAACAAGGAAGUGAACAUCACAGCGGUGGUCCUGCCCAGCCAAUCACGCACUGUCACCUACUUCUGGUGGCUUGGCAACAACACGGAGCCGGUGAUAACUUUGGAUGGAAGUGUCUCAUACACCUUCAGGAGUGAAGGGAUGCACAGCAUCACGGUUCAAGUGGCGGCAGCUAACGGCAUCCUGCAGGACACCAAGAGCAUCGCGGUCAAAGAAUUCUUCAAAUCUCUGCUUUUAUCUUUCUCCCCGAACUUGGACGAGUUCAACCCCGACAUACCCGAGUGGAGGCAGGAUGUGGGGAGAGUAAUUAAGAAGGCUCUGCUACAAGUGUCGGACUUCCCAGAGGAUCAGCUCUUGGUCGCCGUUUUUCCAGGAGUUCCAACAGCUGCAGAACUCUUUCUGUUACCCAACAAGAACCAAUCCGAGGGGAAGAAAAAGAGUGAGGAAGAGCUAGAGAAGGCGUCCAGCGUCAUCGUAAGCGCACUGAACCAAAACCUUGUGGAGUUUGAGCUGAAGCCUGGCGUCAGAGUCAUCGUCUACAACACGCAGUUAACGCUGGCGCCGCUGGUGGACUCCAGUCCCAGACACAGCAGCUCUGCGAUGCUCAUGCUCCUCUCUGUGGUGUUCCUGGGCCUCGCCGUCUUCCUCAUCUACAAGUUUAAGAGAAAAAUACCUUGGAUCAACAUAUACGCUGAGGUGAACCAGGAGAAGGAGCAGGAGAUGAUUGGCUCGGUCGGUCAGGGCGACAGCACGCCGAAAAUCACUCUGAGCGAGUUCACAGCAUCCAAAGAGCUCAUGGAGAAGGAACUGGAUGCCCGGGUCAAGAGAGGAGUCGGAAACGCCUGCGAGAGCACAAGGGAGAUUCCAAACUGUACCAGCGUGUAAAAGCUGAAGUUUGUGUACAGAGCGAGUGUCACAGUGUCCGGGGUUCUUCUCCAUUUCUGUUUUGUAAUUCUAAACACAACUGAUGUUAAUAGUUUUUCUAAAAGGCCUCAUUUAUACAGACUUGCAUGGAUGUCUCGUUGGGCAACAUCCAGUGCAGCGAUGGAAUCUCUGCAACGACGACGAGACUUUUGGGUUUCCGUGGAUGUAAACGCUCCAUUCAUUUGCUGAGGGAAUUAUCUUUUGUGGAUGAGUUCUGUACGUUUCCUGAGAUGUUUGCUUUGAAAAUCAUUUCUGCCUAAAUGUAGACUAUAUUGUCAGUCUUCAAUCAAACAGGGAAUAUUACUGAAAUGUAAAGUAUUAUCUUUUAUUCUGUUACAUGUAAAUAUAUUUCUACAUGCUCGUAGUCUCAUGGCGACGGCGUUAGAUCUGACGGCGGUCUGUUUUUGAAGGUGUUUAAAACGUCAGACAUCGCUUACGGAGAAACAUUUUGCUUUGCUGACGUCCUUGACUUGUGCAUGUUCCUACUGAGGACACGGUUUCUGUGUUGUAGAUAAGCAAGUGUUGUAAAUAGUUCUUUUCUAAACAUUCGUCAAAGCCCAGUCGGUUCUGGCCAGGUUCUGUUCUGCUCUCAUCCUCUUCGGUUGCUGUUGAAACGGGUCGAUCUGCUAAUGUUCAG